AUGCCUUCCUACUCGAGUCCCUCACCAUCACCUCCGCCAACAACAUCCUCCGGCCGACGAGUGCGGUCUUGCGCCCGAAAAUGCGAACGCGCGUGCUGCACCGUCGCCACAUACUUUCCACUUGCCUUUGUGUACGGAUUAUCGACAUGGGCUGUGUGGGUGGUUGGGUCGAUUGGAUUCGGAAGCCAACGAACUAGUCAUACAUGGUGGCUCAUACAGGGCAUUUGCGGCCUAGGAAUCAUUUUCUACGCCCUCGCAAACCUGUCGUAUACGGUUGCGGUCUUCACCGACCCGGGGUCACCAUUACAGGACUCCUCCUCCAAAUCCAAAAAGGGAAGGGGAAACUAUUCGGUCCUACCGACCACGGAGUCCGAGCAUCCAGGGUUGGCCGCCAACAACAUUCAGACCAUCACGGUGUCUUCAACCGGUGCGGCGAGAUAUUGCAAGAAAUGUCACACACCCAAACCAGACCGGACACACCACUGCUCGACAUGUGGCCGAUGUGUGUUGAAGAUGGACCACCAUUGUCCUUGGCUGUCCACCUGUCUCGGUCUCCGCAAUUACAAGGCCUUUGUACUGUUUCUGAUCUACAUAUCCCUCUUUGCCUGGGCCAGUUUCGCCGCUUCGGCCUGGUGGAUGUGGAAGGAAAUGUUCGAGGAAAGUGGGUAUCUGGACGAUUUGGCGCCCGUCAACAUCAUCCUCCUGGCCGUGAUUUCGGGGAUUAUAGGAUUGGUGUUGACCGGGUUUACGGGGUGGCAUAUCUAUCUGUGUAUGAAGGGGCAGACCACGAUUGAAAAGCUCGAAAAGACAAGGUACCUCAGCGGCGUCAGGAGCCGGGUAGAGCGAAAUCGGCAAGAGCAACAAUUGCACAAUCAUCGCAGACGUAGUUCCGAGGGGGUUGCAGAGAGACUGCAACGGGCGGGCGAGCAGAUUCUUGAAUUUCAUGCCAACGCCGUGCCUGGCGCGUCACGCUUUGAAGAGGGCGAAGAGCAUACGUCGCCUGUGCCGAGUGUGUACAAUUCCAAUCACACUCGAGAAGAAGGAUCAUCACAUCAACAACCGCUGAACGACUAUGCUGCCGGUAGUCGUCAAUAUCAUGCUCAGCAUCCUCAUCACAACAACAAGAACAACAAUAACGAUACACCAGCCAUCCGCGCCCUACGACGGACUUACUCCAACAUCGAAGCCGAGCGCGAACGCAACCGGUACGCUGAGUAUCUCGACGACCGGGAAUCCGAAAAACUGCCCAACGCAUUCGAUCUCGGCUGGCGCCGCAACCUGCGCCACGUGUUUGGACCCAACCCGCUUUUAUGGUUCUUGCCCGUCUGCAAUACUACCGGCGACGGCUGGCGGUGGGAAGUCAGUGAGAAAUGGCUGAUUGCUCACCAAGAAGCCAGUAGACGGAAGGAACAGAGAUUAGCAGCGGCGGCGGCGGCGGCCAUGAUGGAGCAUGAUGAUGACAACCGUCACCACUAUGGUCAAGAGUACCACUAUUCUGAUGAUGUGAGGAUGCGUGGCGGCGGCGGUGGUGAUACUGGUGGUAAUGGUGGUCGUGGUGCUGGUAGGCCCAACUACUACUACGAAACCGACCGCGGGAAUUAUCUCAGAGACGGACAAGGAGGCGUCUAUUCCCAGAGCGCCAUGUCGAUGAAACCUCUGCAGAACCACGGCUAUACCGGCGGGAGUACCCUUGGUCGCGCUCGUGGUCGAAGAAGACAGAGGCGCGAUUUUGAUCGUGGCGACACUUUUCAAGUCAGCACGAGCGGCAGUAGAAGCGGGAGCAGAAGCGGAAGUCGGAGUAGAAGCAGUAGUAGAAGCAGUAGUAGUGGCGACAGUAGUGGGGAGAGUGACAGCGAUCACGACAGGUGA